AUGAAGGUCAGCGCGAUCUCCUCUCUCCUCUUCCUCACUGCCGCUCCCUUUGUGGCGGCGGCCGACACCACCUCGGUUUCGACGACAACCAUCACCAAGACCCUGAUUCGCGUCAGCUCAGUCACCGCGACUCCGAGCUCCAGUGCCGCGAGUGUCUCGGCGACUUCCACCCCUCUGGUUAGCUCGACCCAAGCCGCCGCAUCCGCCACCAAGACUGGCGGUGCCGUCAACGUGGGCGCUGGCAUGCCGGCGGUUUUGGUCGCAGGCUCCUUUGCGCUAAUCAUGGGGGUCGCUCUCUCGCGCGCGUUUGUUGAUACCCGGGUGGUCUCCGCGGGCUCCACCACGCGUCGCACCUUCUAUCCCAACGCCGCGCCCUCCAAUUAUCCUUCGGAUGAGCCGAAAAAACUAUACUGGAAGGAUUCGUCUGCCCUCGCGACAUCGUUAAUCGCAAUGGACAACGAAAUUCCCCUUCCUCCACCGCGGCGCAUCCGGCACCGUUCGCCAGCGCGUGCGGCGGGCCCCUCACCCGCCGGAUCUGUGGCAUCAUCAUUCCGCAGAGCGCGCCGACUAUCGCGAUUUGACGACCGCUCGAGUCAGCCAUCAAGCGAUCCGGCACUCUUCUCCAGUGACGAUAUCCCGGCGUCCGGGCUGGAGAAUUACCAUGCGUCUAUGUCGGCGGGCGCGGGGCGCAAGCGCCGAUAUCGUGGGACGUGGUGGGGGGAACAGGUCGCGGACCCGAAGAGGAAGAGGGCUGAUUUCAAGGAAAAACGCAAUGUCGACAGUGGUGUUUGGAUGGGUAGCGACGAGUCUGUGGCCGAGUCUUUGCUGCCAUCAGAAGAUGCGUCAACCUGGGGGGAGGACCUCCUGAAGACAGUGCUGGACCCUCGCGCACCAGGCAAAAGUCCCAUCCCGCCGAUGCUACCGUCUACGCUGUCAAAAGUGCAGCCACGCCCUAUGGUAGUACAGGGACCGGUGGAAUCAGAGGAACAUCAAUAUGCAAGAGCGGUCAUUAACGAUUGCCUCGAAAAGGGCGAGGAUAGCGUCGACCUUGGAAACAUCAAUAUGAGAUAUCUUCCUAGAGAUCUACUUCGACCUCUUCAACAUCUGACCAAGCUGCCUUCUAUACAGGAGCCUCCGAUAUCAGAGAAUGUUUACUCCUCGCUGCAGCCAUUCCUCCGGCUCUAUCUCUCAAAUAACUCCUUGACGACGCUACAUGCCAGCGAACUCUUUGAGCUGAAGGACCUCAAAGUGCUGAGUGUGCGCAACAACAAACUGACCCGAAUCCCCGAGGCAAUCCGGAACCUGACUGCCCUGCAAGUUCUCAACGUCUCAGUCAACCGAUUAGAUGAGCUCCCCUGGGAAUUAAUUGAGCUCAUCCAAAAAGGCGAGCUGAAACACUUCACCGCCUGUCCCAACCCCUUCGCCUCCAUUGAUGAGUCUGAAAUCGCCGAGUGGCAUUGUCGGCCAGGUGCCGCGGAAGAUGAGUACUCUACCCAGAGCUCUCCUCGGUUCCGCGAAUACGACGGCACCCCUCCCGAUGAGGCGUGGGCCGCUAUCCACGUCGCCUCUGGCCCAGUGACGCGCCUAGACAUGGAAGGCCGGCGGAUAGAACAUAAUUCGCCUUCCAGCGCACAUGCCUCCCGAGCCCCCUCACUACGCGAAGUCGCACUACGGGGAAUCUGCAGACUCCCCGGCCUUGAAUACCUCACCGAUGAGGAAUUGCUUGAGUUUCCCGCCAUGGUGAUCCCACUGCUCUCGAUGGCGCGAGAAGUACGCCUAGAUGGCGCGCGGUACUGCUCGGUCUGUCACCACGAGUUCAUCGUCCCUCGCGCGGAGUGGACGGAAUGGUGGGACUGUACGCCUCACGAGAACGGCAUGAAAAUGCCACGUCCCUCAGGGGAUAAGCUCCGGCCUCUGCCCUUCAAGCGGGUUGGCUGUAGCUGGGCUUGUGUGCCGGCUGGGCCGUGUGUAGAGUAG